CGCCAGUAAUCUACAUAUGGUAACAAUGAUUACAGUUAUUUCGUGUGUUUCGAUACUAUUGUGCGUAUUUAUUUGGUUCCUGUUAAAAUGGAGGACAGUGAAAAAUUUUUGGGCUGAAAGGGGUGUUCCUCAUUAUUCGCCGCAUCCCAUUUUGGGCAGUCUCACGUUUUUGCAGCGACAAAAUCCUGCAGUAUGGAUGAGGCAAGUGUACAACGAGUUCAAGUCACCGUACGUCGGUAUGUGGGCGUUCUGGAGACCAGGCCUGGUGAUCAACUGCCCAGACUUGGCCAGGAAGGUGCUGGUCAAAGACCAUGAGGUGUUCAAGAACAGGUUCUUGAGUUCUGGCAAGACAGACCCCAUUGGAGGCCUAAAUCUGUUUACUGUUAAUGAUCCAACCUGGUCUUUCCUAAGGCGACGGUUAACAGUGCUCUUCACGGCAGCUCGGUUGAGAAGCCUGAACAGCUUAUUGUCGGCCAAAUCCAAUGACCUGGUAGAGAGGAUCAGAGAUGACAUGUUCAAUGAAGACCCUUUGAAUUUGAGGGUCUUGUGCUCAGACUUCACAACAGACGUAAUAGGAGAGGCUGCGUUUGGUCUCACCAGUGAAUCAGUUAAGACUGGUGAUAGCCUGAUGAGGAGAAUCACAAAGGAGUUUGUCAAGUUCAACCUUCAUAGAGGAUUGUGCUGGUCCAGUAUCUUCUUUUUUCCAGAAAUGGUUGAUGUAUUUCGAUUUUCUCUAUUUCCGAAAGAUUCUUUAGAAACCUUACGUCACAUAUUCCGAACUAUAAUAAACCAGAGAGGAGGGUAUGAGAAGGAGGUCAAAGAGUGCAGGGACCUCCUUGAUGCUCUGCUGAAGAUUAGGCAAGAGGCUGCAGAGGACAAUGAAGAAAUCAGUGAAGACUUGCUACUUGCUCAAGCGGCCAUCUUCCUUUUGGGAGGUUUCGACACGUCAGGAGUUACACUGACUUGGACUUUGUAUGAACUGGCGUGGAACCCACAAUGCCAGGAACGACUGUACCAAGAACUUUUGGAUGCAAAACAAAAGAACGGUGGCAAAGAUUUAGAUGCUAGUUCCCUGGCUGAACUGACGUAUAUUAACUGUGUUAUAAAAGAGGCACUACGCAAAUUCCCUUCAAUGGGUUGGCUGGACCGCAUCGCAUCACAGGACUACAAAAUCGACGAAAAUCUAACCAUACCCAGUGGGACAGUGGUGUAUGUGAAUGCUGUAGGAAUGCAGCAAGACCCUCAGUACUUCCCGAACCCUCAGAUAUACAACCCUGAGAGGUUUUUGCCGGAAAAUGAGAGGAACAUUACUCCUUACACGUUUCUUCCUUUUGGAGAUGGACCUAGGGGUUGCAUUGGCAAACGCUUCGGUUAUCAGACAGUUCGAUGUGGUUUGGCAGCCAUCAUACUUAACUACGAAUUAAGGGCUCUACCCAACAUGCCGAAACCAAACGAGUGCCACAUUGAGAAGCAUGGACUCUUCCUAGGUCCAGACAAGAAGCUUUCUGUAGAAUUUAGACUUAGAAAUUAAUAUAAUAUAGUGAAGGGGUAUGCAGAGGUGUACAUAGUGAAUGUAAAAGUUUUCUAAUAUCAUAUCAAUCAAUCAUCAUAAAUGUAAUAGGUAUAGUGACUAGUCUGUUAAG